CUCCAGGCGCGUCACUUCAUGAAUAUGCAAAUUACAGCAGGCGUCAGGCUAGUCUGUGCUGCUAACAAACAGCGAGCUAGGCUAGUUAGACAGAGAGCGCAGAGAUAUAGCGAGAAAACGAGGCAGAACAAAUAAAAGAAGAGAAAGAAGAGAGAGAGAGAGAGAAAGGGAAUAUCAGUGUGUGUAGAUACAGGAGCGGGAAAGAGGUGGUUUCCGCCAUGAUUAUGUGUUUGUAGGACUGGCGAUGAAAUCGAGUAGCCAUGGCCAUGUCUCUGAGUGCAGACGAUGAAGAUUACGACUCGGACACAGCCGAACAGCAAAGGCCAGCUAACAGGCCCAAAGCCAAGAUGGCGUCCACGCCCACGGCGUCCACGCCCACUACGUCGACAUCGUCGUCUUCGGCGGGGGGCGUGGUCAAGCUGCCGUCCAAUCGGAGCUCGUCGGGGGCGCGGCGGAGACGUACACGCUGCAGGAAGUGUGAGGCGUGUGUGAGGAGCGAGUGUGGAGAGUGUCACUUCUGUAAGGACAUGAAGAAGUUCGGGGGACCGGGACGCAUGAAACAGUCCUGCAUCAUGAGGCAGUGUAUCGCUCCCGUUCUGCCCCACACAGCGGUGUGUGUGGUGUGUGGAGAAGCCGGUAAAGAGGACACGCUGGACGAUGAGGAGGAGAAAUUUAACGCCAUGCUAAUGGAGUGCUCCAUCUGCAACGAGAUCGUCCACCCUAACUGCCUAAAGGUGAAGGAUGCAGCAGGGGUAGUGAACGACGAGCUCCCUAACUGCUGGGAGUGUCCCAAAUGUAACUACGCAGGGAAGACUGGGAAAGCCUGCAAGCAAAAACGAGGCCCAGGAUUUAAGUACGCGUCCAACCUGCCGGGCUCGCUGCUGCGGGAGCAGAAAUCCACACGGGACGGUAAGGACGAGGGCGAGCGCAGGAGGGCCGAGAGGGACGACACUCCCAGGAUGCCCUGUGAAGACACGCCCACGCUGCUGAUGCCCAGAGACAUGCCCCGCCCCCGACCCGACAUGCCCAACUUCCUCAGGAAGAAGAAGAAACUAUUUGAUGAUGACGAUGAGGAAGAAGAUGCUAGCGCAAAGAAGAAGCUGAAGAAGCCGUGGAAGCCGGAGGAGUCGUUACUGCCGAAGAUGUCCUCGAUGAAGAUGGAGGAAGAUGAACAGUCAGAGGCAGAGGAAGAGAAAGAGGAGGAGAACAAACAGUCGUCCCGCAGCGCGAGCAGGAAAGAGUCGGGGUCUGUGAGGAAACAGGAUGAGGAGAGGGAUGAGGACGACGAUGACGCACACAAGUGUGUGAAGGAGGAAGAGGAGGAGGAUGAAGGCGGCGAGCUGCAGGAGCGAGUGCACAGAGCACAGCGGGCUAAACGAGCACAGCGCAGGAGACCGGGACGGAACGAGAACCUGCAGCCUGACGACAGCGAGAACGACGAGAACGACAAGAAGAACUUCCGGAACGGAGAGAAUGGAGAGAGAGCGCACCUGCGGGCCCGCGAGAUGAACGGUGCAUCAUGGGAGUUGCGCCACUUUUACCCGUCUCAGAUCGUACCGUUGGGUCUGAACCGUAUCCCCCCACCCAUCCGCCCCCCGCCCCCCCGCUCACCACCCAAAUGUGUUCAGAUGGAGCGUCACGUGAUCCGCCCUCCCCCCAUCUGCCCUCCUCCUGAUAGGCUGCCGCUGGCCGAUGGGCGGAGCCACGUGGUGCAGCGUGAAGCCUGGUUGGCUAUUUUCAGUCACCUGAGUCACCGUGAGCUGUGCGUGUGCAUGCGGGUGUGUCGUACCUGGAACCGCUGGUGCUGUGAUAAACAUCUGUGGACGAAGAUCAACGUGAGCCGCUGUAAGUCCAUCACCCCUCUGAUGCUGAGUGGAAUAAUCCGGAGACAGCCGGUCAUGCUGGACCUCAGCUGGACCAACAUCUCCAAGAAGCAGCUGAGCUGGCUUAUCAACAGACUGCCCGGUCUGCGUGUGUUGAUACUGUCGGGUUGUUCCUGGGUGGCUGCUUCCGCCCUCUGUACCUCCAGCUGUCCUCUCCUGCGCUCUUUGGACCUGCAGUGGGUCGAAGGACUGAGAGAUACACAGAUUAAAGACCUGCUGUCUCCACCUACAGACAACAGGCCAGGUCAGUUGGACACUCGGAGUAAGCUGCGGAACGUUCUGGAUCUGCGUCUGUCAGGGUUGGACAUCACCGACGUGUCUCUGCGUCUCAUCAUCAAAAACAUGCCACUGUUAAAACACCUGGAUCUGAGUUACUGUAACCACGUCAACGACCAGAGCGUCAACCUGCUGACCGCCGCCGGGACGACCACCCGCGACUCUCUCACACACAUCAACCUGUCAGUGUGUAACAGGAUCACGGAUCAGUCCCUGAGCUACUUUAAGCGCUGUGCGAGUAUCUGCCGUAUCGACCUGCGUUUCUGUAAGCAGGUGAGCAGGCAGGCGUGCGAGCGCUUCAUCGCCGAGAUGUCGGUCAGCGUGUCUUUCGGCCUGAAGGAGGAGAAACUCCUGCAGAAGCUCAGCUAACACACACACACACACACACACACACACACACACACACACACACACACUGACAAGGUGAACAUGCUGACACGGGACAUUAAAGCAUGUGUUGUACAAUAAAAUAUGUAUUUAAAUAAAGACGCAGGAUUGGAGGUCACACACACACACACACACGGUCAUCGUGUUGCUGUCGGAAACAGAAGUGCGAUGCAGCUGCUCGUGUGUGUGUGUGUGUUUGGGUUUAAUAUCGGUUUUGUUUUUUUAUCUCUAUAUAAUGGGAUUUUGAUAUAUUCGUGGUCUCGGUGUGCCGACGUUCCCGCUUCCGUAUCGCCAUGGUUACAACAUUUAAUUAUGAAAAUGCAUCACACAUCAGUUGUCUCGCUCGACAGGGCGGGGCUUACAUUACAUUUGAUCAACCAAUCACGUGCCAUCACCACUAGCCUUUUCUUUCUGUGAUCCGUUAAUGAUUAACUGCUCGAGCUGAAACUAAGCUCCGCCCCUCUGGCCUGAUCUUUAAGAAGCACGUUUGUUCAGAAUAAAGUCCUGAACAGAAGUUCUAGCUUCUGAAGCGUUCACGAGAGCGAUAUCGUGAAAUGACGGCGGUGGAUCGUGCCAUACUUUCACAUUUCAUACCUCAUUUUCCUCUUUUAGAAAUCAAAUCAAACGGAAGCUAAAAAACACGAAGUUUAUUUAUACGUUUGGAUUAAUGGAGUUCUGCUUUAAUAAUUAACGUAAAGGAAAUGUACAGAGUGUCGGCGAGAUGGACUUUACUCCAGGCUAAAGACGCAGAGUCCACGUGCCGCACGUGUCUCGGCUGAGCGACCGCGUCCGGGCCGUCGCGCUGUUCACCUCCGUCCCCCCAUCCCCUCCACCCCCUCCACCUCUGCAUCACCUCCAUCCCCCCAUUGCCUCCACCUCUCCACCCCUCCUUAAACACACUCACCACUGCAACCAGGAACCUUUAGAGCAUCGGACACCAACUUAAACACUUCACUGUAAAUUUGCCUAUUUAUAUUUGUACGCAGUAAUAAAAGAAGAAAAGAAAA